CAAUGUCAAAACGGGAAGAACAAAGUUGACGUUUAGGAUUUUUAUCAAAAACUUCAAAAUUAUGUGAAAAACAUUUUUUUUCCAACAGUCUGUAAACUUCUACGUUUUACUUCAAAUUUCAAACGAAAUGUAACUAAAUAAAUUUCGAUGGCUUCUCCGGACCACAGCGAAAAUGAAAGUCAAUAUAACGUCAGAGAAAUCGAUGCUUCGGAAUUAGAUAUCCUAGAGGUUGUCGGCGAAGGGAGCUUCGGGGUUGUUUACAAAGGAAUAUGGAAUGACAAACAAGUCGCCGUCAAAAAUAUAACGAGGGACGCCGAAAGGAAAGCUUUUCUGGUCGAAGUACGGCAACUGUCUCGAGUCGAUCACGAAAAUAUUGUUAAAUUGUAUGGGGCGUGCACUAGAGGCGCCCAAUUCUUCCUUGUUAUGGAAUAUGCCGAAGGAGGAUCUUUGUUUAAUGUCCUGCACAAGUCGGCGUAUGACUAUACUUUAGCCCAUGCAAUGUCUUGGGCGUACCAGUGCGCUAAGGGUGUUCAAUACUUGCACGCCAUGAAACCAAAACCUUUGAUUCACAGGGAUCUUAAACCUCCAAAUUUACUGCUUAUUAAUGGAGGAAUCAGUUUAAAAAUUUGCGAUUUUGGUACAGCUGCUGAUAAGAAUACAUAUAUGACAAAUAAUAAGGGUUCGGCGGCUUGGAUGGCUCCUGAGGUUUUUACUUCAAAUAAGUAUACAGAGAGAUGCGACAUCUUCAGCUGGGGUAUCAUACUGUGGGAGGUCCUUUCCCGUAGGAAACCUUUCUAUAAUCAAGGGGGUAGUUCCGCUUUUAGCAUAAUGUGGGCAGUUCACAAAGGUAGAAGGCCGCCGCUGAUACGCAACUGCCCGGCCCCCAUCGAAAGUCUGAUGACGGAGAGUUGGAAUCAGGACCCUAACAAACGGCCAAGCAUGGACGAAAUUGUGAGUAGGAUGGAAUUGAUUUGCUUUCUUCUGCCGGGAGCGGAGGAACCCAUUUCUUGUAGGGAGCAAGUUUACGACGACGAUCCUUUGGAAGAACUAGAGGAAAUAUCUUCAGACGAAAAUGAUAGUGAUGAAAGCGUUACAGUAGGAGUCAGUGUUGAGACAAACAAGAGCAACAUGGUGAGGUCUUUGCCUCAACCGGAUGAGAGUAUGAAAGUUCCUUUAGCAGUGGAUAUUGAUCCCGAAUGUUGGGCUCUAGAGGGAGAACAAGAGUACGAAAUCCAAACGAUGCCCGGCUUCGAUAUCAGUAUUCCUAGGAAUCGUUCACAGAACACUGUUACGGCCGGCAGUACCACGGAACACACUACACGCUCCAAUCAAGACGUCAACGAUAUUUCCGUCCUUUUGGAUUCGCUCGACCCCCAUCUGAGACCGGCCACGCCCGACUUCGGGGACCCCAGGUCGGUCGAAUUGUACGAAGAGCACGCGAAAAUGGCUCCGGAAUAUUGGAAAAUACAGACCGAGUUAAUUCUGCUGGAGCAGAAGAAGAACCAGCUGCUCGCCGCGCAAGCGGAAGAAGAACAAAGGCAAAGGACGCUCCGGACGCUCCAGGAAGAAAAAGAAUCUUUACGACUGAUAAGGGACCUGUUGCAACAGCAGAAAGACAGAGAGAACCAAAACGGUGGAGUUAGGAGCUCGGGGGAUGGAUGGGUUAUAGUUCCCCAUGGGGAGAGGAGAGAGUGAAGUUAUCUGUGUUACAAGUGACGAUUGUAAAAUAUGGAUUAUUGUAUUGUGUGAUAUAUUUUUAGUGGUUUUAUAUUGGAAUUAUACCACAAGUUGUUUUAACUUAUCAUUAGGUACCAUAUUGAAUGUUUAUGCAGUUUUUUAAAUUUGUACAGUAGAAAGAAAUACCUUUUCCUUUAAUGUUGUACCCUGUUGUACCAAGGUAAGUAAAAAAAAAGUAAAACAAAAUCCCAGAUACCAGUCCGUUCUUUUUUUUUAUAAAGUACAGAUAUAUAAAACCUGUCUUUCUCAAAACUAAAAUAUUUUCAGAUGCAGAUAAGAAGGCAAACACAUCACAAACAUCAAAAGAAUGUGAGAAUUCAAUAGCUGCUUGGCUGAAAAAAUUUACUUUCAUCAAAGAAUGACAGACAACCUGUCAAAUAUUAGUUAUUCUUUUACAGUUUAAUUCAAGAUAUAGUAUCUUACUCUAUUUUUAAGAUACUUUAGGUUAGGUUGUUCCGUAUUUUUGCUAUAUUAUAUACCUACAAUUUUUUCAUAUCUACAAUAGAAAAAAAUGAGAUAUGUAUAAAAUGUUUAAUUAAUGGUAUCAAUCGGCAGUCCUUCACUUUUAAUUAAUUAAUUGAAAAAAAAACUUGUACAUUUCAAAUAUCACCUACUCUACUCCAGUGUUGACUUCACCUACCAUACCCAACAGGUUAAUUCCAUUACACGCUAGUACCAAAUACUGUGAUACAAUUUUUGUAGUCGUACAACCAAUUGGAAUACUGGACAUUACCUUUCCAGUAUUAAUAACCUAAUAAUUAAGUAAGGUCCACUGGUAUAUCUAUAUAAGAUCCUAUAUCCUCACAGUCGGAUAUAUUAACGACGUCUCAAUUAGUAUAACUGGAUAGCCUUAGUAUGUCCUAACAAACAUCCUACGGACAUACGUAUCUGAUAUAACGUGGACGUUCCAAUUAGUAACAUUGUAUAUCCUUGAGACGUCUUAAGAAUGUCCCUUAGCUGAAACAGCAUAUCCCUAGUGCUAUUUGGGAUAGCAACAAUUUUUGUGGAACACCCGGUAUAUUUUAUCGGCAUCCAAUAGAACGCCUUAUUUUGACUACAAUUAUAUAACACUUUUUUUUUAUUCCACUUGUUUUCGAGAUUUUGACAAAAAUAGAUUGUUGGUAAUCAUUAAACGAACCAAUAAAAUGUAUCCUACAUAUAUGGUCCGAGGAACGAAUGCAAACUAGGGUCUAGUUAAGAAGGUUGGAUUAUGUUAGAAUUAGAGACGCGUGGUUACUUUUUGUACUUUUGGUAUUCAUCAUUUUCGUGUUGCGUUUUGUAGUGCCAAUAUAUUGU